AUGGCGGCGUCGACAGAUGACGGCGAGGCGGAUUACAUGCGAUAUUUAGACUCGGAGCAAGCAGUCAGGGAUUACGACAUGUGCGACGAGGAGAGCGACGAAUGCGACACGUGCGACUAUUCCGACGACAGCAUCGACGCGGACAGCCAAGACGGCUCACAACAAGGGGAUUGGGACUGGGACGCGACACCUCGGCGGGACAGAACAGCCGACGCGCGGCAAUUUCAAGGGGAAGACGACUCGGACGAGGACAACGACAUGCUGGACGGCGCGGCGGACGUGAGUGCGCAGCAGGCGGCGCGCGGGCGGGACAUUCAGGGCAUCCCGUGGGAGCGGCUGCACUUCACGCGCGCCAAGUACCGCGCCAUGCGCCUGCAGCAGUACAAGAACUACAAGAACCUCGACGUGCCAUUGGACGCUGUUGAGAAGGAAGUGAAGCAGGUCAGCACAGACGCCGAGUUCUACAGUUUCGCCUACAACACGCGCGCUGUCAAGUCCACUAUCGUGCACUUUCAGCUGCGCAACCUAGUGUGGGCGACGUCGAAGCAUGACGUGUACACGAUGCACGGCCACACCAUCAGCCACUACUCCGCGCUCUCCCGCCGCUCCGUUGACUUUCUUGACCUCAGCGGACCCGUCGUGCCCAUCUCCCAUCUACAGCGCGCGCCCUGGCUGUACCACCAGCGCGCCACCACUGCCACACUGCGCCCAGGCGGACCCAGGCUCUACGGGGGGGGGGGGACAGGGGGAACGGGCGGAGCAGGCGGGGGAGCAGCCACUGGCGCGGGGGGAGCAGCAGGGCCGGGGAGAGGGGACGGGGGGGGGUGGGCGGCGGCAGGGGGGAAUGGGGCAGGGAUGGCGGAGGAUGGGACGUGGGAACCAGUGGGCCGGGUGCAGGUGAGCACGCUGUGUGUGCGCAACGGGCUAGUGGCAGCGGGGGGCUUCAACGGCGAGAUGGUGUGCAAGCGGCUCGACAGUGGCGCUGAGGGCGGCGUGUCGUAUGCUGGGCGGAUCACAAGGGAUGAGAGCGCCAUCACCAAUGCUGUUGAGAUCUUUGAGUCUGCCAGUGGAGCAGUGCGAGUGUUGACGUCAAACAACGACUGCCUCGUGAGGGAGUUUGAUGCUGACUUAUUUGCCAUCAGCGCCCGCCACCAUCUGCCAUGGCCCAUCAAUCACACAUCAGUAUCCCCUAACGGCAAGCUGGUGGUGGUGGUGGGGGAUGACCCAGACGCCUUCCUCAUGGACGCCACGUCUGGCCGGGUGGUGGCGCCUCUGAGAGGCCAUGUGGAUUACUCCUUUGCAUCGGCGUGGCAUCCCAAUGGGCUAACCUUUGCCACCGGCAACCAGGACACCACCUGCCGAGUCUGGGACCUGCGCAACCUCUCCCGCUCUCUCGCCACGCUCAAGGGCCGCAUGGGCGCGAUCCGGUCCGUCCGUUUCUCAUCCGACGGCCGGUUUUUGGCCGUUGCGGAACCAGCGGAUUUCGUACAUGUGUAUGAUGUGAAGGGGGAGUAUGAGAGGAGCCAGGAGAUUGAUCUGUUUGGGGAGAUUGCAGGGGUGUCGUUCUCUCCGGAUUCGGAGGCGCUGUUUGUGGGCGUGGCUGAUCGCACGUAUAGCAGCCUGUUGGAGUUCAGUCGGGCACGGUGUUGUGACUAUAUCGAUGUCACCGGAGCCAUGGCUAGGAAGCGCAAGUCUGGAGCUGACGCUGCAACCGACGUCCCGCGGGAUCUCAACAAGAUCCCGUACAUCGCGUGGAUCAACAAGCAAAUUGCAUCCGGUCGCAAGCCUGCAGGCCCGCUGCCUGAAGGUGUACCGUCUCCCGGAGCCACCUCGUACGAAGCGCCGCGUGACGUCCCCACGCGCGGCCGUCGUGACGCCGACGGGGUUGCGUCCUCACGCGUCGUCGACGAUACCCCGCUGGACGAUGAAGAGGAUGACGACAGCGACUACCACGACUUCGCCGUCGCCACCGAUGACGAGGCGGACUCAGGCGAGGAGCCGGACAAGGGUAUGUCCGAUUCGGAGGACGAGUCCGAGGACGAGGCUGAGGCGCCAGAGGAGACGCAGCCCUCCGCUCCCGCUACGCGUGCAAGUCGUGCUAAGUCCGCUGCCCCUGCUACCGCCGCGUCUAAGGGCGACGAGCCUCCACGCCGCGGCCCAAAGACCCGCACGCAGGUGCCUGUGAAACGCAGCGUUUGGUCUCCGCUCGAGAACACGAUCUUCGUCGCGGCCCGAUGGUUCAUGAAGGACGAACUGGAGCCCCUGCUCGGGAAGCAGGGCUCGCAGUACUGGGCGCGCCUUGUGCACCAUCUCGAGAAGGAGAACCCGGGGUGGGUUCGCGGCGUCCACGCCGUGCAGAAACAGUGGCGCAACCUCGUGCAAUUCUACAAGCAGUUGAAGAAGGCGGAGAAGGCGUCGGGCAAGGGGACCGUGUGCAAGCCCCCGUGGUACCCGUACAUGGAGUUGCUCCUCAACAACCGGGCAGUUGCUAACCCGCAUGCCGUGGCUGCAGGAGGCGCGACGAACGUUGACGCGCCGUGUGGCUUCAACGUGCCCUCUACAUCGGCGCCUACGACGACUACUCCGACGUUCACUGCCACACCCCCGCAGUGCACCCCUCCGUCGAAGCGCCCGCGCGUGAUAGAGACGGCAACUAUGGCGGCCGCCAAGCUCGUCUGUGAGACGAUCAAGGACUGCCACCAGGACGCUAUGAGCAAGCUCGAAGGGCUUGUCCGCGCCUGGAUGGAGCAGGAUGAGCGUAUAGCACGUGAACGUCUCCAGCAGACGGCGCCUGCUCCGCCUGCCCGUUACGGCACACCGCCCGACGCUCCCGCCCAGACGGCCGCGAACGCCACCGAUGGUGGCGACGACGGAUGGUUCCGUCGCGGGCAGAGUGGCGACGCGGCCGCUAGCCCUGAUGAGGCCGCGGAGGUGUGGGUUCGCGGCGACGCCGAGUAA